GCCGCCGACCCGGGCCGCAGCUCCCCCAACAGUGGCCUCUGGAGGGCCUGUGACUUGCGAGCUGGAUUUUUGGUGAGAAGGGACCGGGAUCACUUCAACUUUCCCGGGCACUAAAUAUUGGCCCCGGAGAGCAUUUUAACUAACUUGCAGCUUUCCAUGCUGAUACAGGCGUUUCUGUGCCAGUUCUGUAUGCUCUGAACUCUGAGAGAGAAUCAACAGCAAAAAGCAUGAGGAAGCACAAGGUGAUUCUCUAUUCUGACCCAGUCCAAAUGAGGAGUCUUGCACUUUCAUUUAGAGACGGAACUUCUAUGUGGUAACACAACUCCCAGCAUACCUUUCACUAACUAAAGCAAUUCCUCAAGGGGUGUGCCCUGUGGUGCACAACUGCUGAAAACCCCGGGGAGUUGAAUUACGCAACCACAUUCUGAGACAGUGACAGGAUUUGUUUUCUUUCAAAUUCCUACUUCCUGAAACUACAGCAGUUUAUGAGAAAUCAUUUAUUUCAGAGAAAUCGUACUGGAAUUAACUCUUUUCAGAAUCAGAUUUUCUCCUUUUCACAUGUUUUUUCACCUUCUCCAGAAUAAAAGAUUGCACUACAUAGAGAAAAUUUAUUAUACCACAGUAUCUGUGUACCUGUAAGCCUUGGUGAAGUUUCAGCAAGUUACAAGUCUGGAAGAUUUACAGUGCUGGACAGUGAUGCUAUCAGUUGGAACUUCUUCACUCUCAUUUGUGGCUCAGUAACGGACUUCCUGCUUCCUUAUUAAGAUGUUUCAAAUAGAAGCCUUGAUUUUGAUUUCUUUGUGAAACCAGUAAACACCACAGUGGAGGAGGAGAGCAGUAGAUGGGGGAGAAAACAAUGUAUUGGGGAAAGAGCCCAGUUUUGUCUUCGAGUUCACCUGCUUUGUGACAUGUGAAUGCGCUACAGAAACUGGCAGACAGCACACCAUCCGCCUGCCUUGGAGGAGACAAAAGAGGUGAAAGAGAAAGAGGAGUGAAAUCCUAGCAAGUGGCACUGCCAUGUCUUUAAUUAUCCAAACUCCCCCGCACUUGGAGGAGCUGCAGUGGGACUUAAGAGCUUGUUCCAGCCUGAAUUACUGCUAGUUGAAUCUAGGGACAAUUCGCUGGUAUCUCAGGCUUCAAGGGGCUCCUUUAUUGAGAAUCGAUGUCUUCUCCCAUGUAAUUGAUCACCGUAGACCCAGGGACACCCAAUUCAUCGUGGAGGGUGGGUAGUCAUCAUGAAUAAUCAAAGAGCUGUGGUGGCACUACUGCAAGAGUGCAAGCAAGUACUGGAUCAGCUCUUGUUGGAGGCCCCAGAUGUGUCAGAAGAAGACAAAAGCGAGGACCAGCGGUGCAGAGCUUCACUCCCCAGCGAGUUAAGGACCCUGAUCCAGGAGGCAAAGGAAAUGAAGUGGCCCUUCGUGCCUGAAAAGUGGCAGUACAAACAAGCCGUGGGCCCAGAGGACAAAACAAACCUGCAAGAUGUGAUUGGCGCCGGGUUGCAGCCGUUACUGAGUUGCCCAGGAGUGCAGCCACCAACCACAAUGUGGAUGCCACCUUUGGGAAAUUUUCCAGUAACUUGCACUCUCCUAGAAAGAAGAGUUGGUACACAAGCGGCCCUGCGCGCCUCCAUCCUAGCCCGGGACUGUGCUACCGCCUCGGCCAUCGUGUUCCUCACCGACCGCUUCCUGUACGGGCUGGACGUCUCAGGGAAGCUACUGCAGGUCGCCAAAGGCCUGCACAGGUUGCAGCCCACCACGCCCAUCGCCCCGCAGGUGGUUAUUCGCAGAGCCCGAAUCUCCGUCAACUCAGGGAAGCUCUUAAAAGCGGAGUAUAUCCUGAGCAGUCUAAUAAGCAAUAAUGGAGCAACAGGUACCUGGCAGUACAGCAGUGAAAGUGACAAGAUCCUGGUGCAGUCAGUCUGUAUACAGAUCAGAGGGCAAAUUCUGCAAAAGCUAGGGAUGUGGUAUGAAGCAGCAGAAUUGAUAUGGGCCUCAAUCGUAGGCUAUAUGACGCUUCCCCAGCCAGAUAAAAAGGGCAUUUCCACAUCACUAGGCAUACUGGCAGAUAUCUUUGUUUCCAUGAGCAAGAAAGAGUAUGAACAGUUUAAAAACAACCCACAAAUUAACUUGGGCCUGCUCAAGGAGUUUGACCACCAUUUGCUGUCGGCUGCAGAAGCCUGCAAGCUGGCAGCUGCCUUCAGUGCCUACACACCUCUCUUCGUGCUCACAGCGGUGAAUAUCCGCGGCACCUGCUUGCUGUCAUACAGUAGUUCUAACGACUGUCCUCCUGACAAGAAAAAUGUGUAUCUGUGUGAAGCCAAGGAAGCCUUUGAAAUUGGCCUCCUCACUAAGAAAGGUGAUGAGCCAGUUGCUGGAAAACAGGAACUUCAUAGUUUCAUCAAAGCUGCUUUUGGUCUCACCACAGUGCACCGAAGACUCCAUGGAGAGACAGAGGUGGUGCAUAUGGCAAGUAAGCUCUGUGGUGAAGCUAUGGCAAAGCUGUACUCUUUCAGUGCUUCCUCCAGAAGUCAGGACAGAGAAGCUCUGUCUCAGGAAAUCAUGUCUAUCAUCAUCCAGGUCAAGGAUCACUUACAAGUUCAAAGCUUCUCAAAUCUAGAUGACAAAUCGUAUGUUCCAGAGAGUUUCAAGAGCAGGCUUGAUAAACCCAUCAUGCAUGGGCAAAUGGACUUCAAAAAAAUCCUUGAAAGCUAUUCACAGCACCACUCUUCAGUGUGUGAGGUCUUUCAAAGCGCUUGCGGAAACAAACGGAAUGAUCCCAAAACAGGAGUCUGUAUCACUGCUCUGAAAACAGAAACAAAAAACAUAGAUACUGUGAGUGCCACUCAAGAUAAGCCAUGCUCUCAAAAAGGCCUGGGAAGAGCUUCCUCCCAAGUGGCCAAGAGUGAUCAGGAGAAGCUCAGAAAGGUAGCAAGGAGAAACUGGACCCGUUCUGGUGCAUUUCAAGGCUCUGUGGAUCAAGACAUGGAGACUGAGACUGAGCCACCAGGUCACAGUGGUGGUGGGGGAGCUGUUCAGAGCACAUCUCUCAGUGACAACCAGAGCUCUAGUUCUUUGUGCGAGUUAUCAGGGUCUGCUUCUUCUACAAGCUGGGAGGAAGUGAACUAUGAAGUUGAUGAUUGGUCAGCUAGGAAAGAGACUAGCAAAGAAGAGCAUCUUGUGGACACUCAGUGUUCCACAGCCUUGUCUGAGGAGCUGGGGGAUAGGGAAGCCAGGGCUGUGCACCCAUUGUCUUCAGGUCUCCUUGCUCUCUCUUUCCAGCCAUCUAAGGAUGCCAAUUUAGGGUCUUCUCAAAGCCAACUACACCAACAGAUGCCCUUGGCCACUUUCCCUUCUCAUAACACAGCAGGCUGUUUGCUGGCCUCUGGUGCAGGGCAGACAGAGCAAGUUCCAGAAGGUAGUCAGGAAACCAGGAAGCCCAGAAAUACUUGCGCUCACUCCACGCCUUCACAUAGUUCUGCUUUUUGGUCGACUUCUGAUUCUGAUGGGCUCAAGAGCAUGGCCACAUAUCCUUCAGUCCAAGAAGAAAUCUUUGAAAUAAUAGAUGAGUUUCCAGAAGCCAACUGUGAUGUUAAACAGGUGCAUGGAAGAGAGAAGGAAAAGGAAGUCAAUAAAAGAGGCACAGGCCCUACAUUUAGAGAUAGCCCCUCCUGGGCUGACCCAGAAAGGGAAACAGCAGAAAGCACAGAGAAUGAACCUUUAGAUAGUCGUAGAGUCACUGGCAGUUCUCUGGGCAACAGUUCCAUGUUAACCUGUUGCUCUUUUGCUCCUCGUUGGCCUGUGCAAAAUUCUGACUCAGGAAGGCCUGAUGACUCCACUGGGGAACAACGAAUUGAUCCUGAUGCCUCCACGGUGGAUGAGGAGGACCAGCCACUCAACAGCAUCGGUGUUCACUCCACAAUUGGACACGGCUCUUACAGCUCCUGGGUUCCGAUGCAGCCACCUGGCCGGAGGGCUGAGAGCCCCAAUUCCUCUCUCAGCAGCAGUCCCUUCCCAGUGCUCUGUGAGGACUGCACUACGACGGAUGAAGGAAAGGGACCUGCACACGCGCUCCGCUCUAGCCUGAGCUCCAGCUCUCCCUCGGCGCGGCGGCUGAAAUCACCUGCGUUCUUCUGCGGUUCCUCUGAGGGCGAAACCUCGUGGUCCUUUCUGAAUUCCAGCGGCAGUUCUUUUGUUUCACUGCCAGGAAGGACAAGGCAAGAGACCCUUGAGGCUCGCACCCUGCAGCCUGAGGACUUUGAAAAACUCUUGGCGGGAGUGAGGCAUGACUGGCUGUUCCAAAGGCUGGAGAAUACAGGAAUGUUCAAGCCCAAUCAACUCCAACGAGCACACAAUGCUCUUUUGUUAAAAUAUUCCAAAACGUCUGAGCUGUGGACAGCCCAGGAAACAGCGGUGUAUUUUGGGGAAUACCUGCAUGUGAAGAAGAAAGGCAGACAAAGAAAUGCAUUUUGGGUUCAUCACCUGCACCAAGAAGAAACUCUGGGGAGGUAUGUUGGGAAGGAAUAUAAGGAGGAGAAGGGACUCUGGCCCCACUUCACUGAUGUGGAGCGGCAGAUGACAGCACAGCACUACGUGAUGGAGUUUAACAAGAGACUCUAUGAGCAGAAGAUUCCAACACAGAUAUUCUACAUCCCAUCCACAAUAUUACUGAUUUUGGAAGGCAGGACGAUAAAGGGGUGUGUCAGUGUGGAACCAUACAUGCUGGGAGAAUUUGUAAAAUUAUCAAAUAAUACAAAAGUAGUGAAAACAGAAUACAAAGCUACAGAAUAUGGUCUGGCUUAUGGCCAUUUUUCUUAUGAGUAUUCUAAUCAUAAAGACGUUGUGGUUGAUUUACAAGGAUGGGUGACUGGUGAUGGAAAAGGGCUCAUCUACCUCACAGAUCCCCAGAUUCACUCUGUUGAUCAGAAAACUGUUGCUACCAAUUUUGGAAAGAGGGGAAUUUUUUACUUCUUCAAUUACCAGCAUGUGAAAUGCAAUGAAAUCUGCCACCGCCUUUGUUUGACUAGACCUUCCACAGGGCAGUCAAACAAUCCACAGACUACGGACUGGUGAUGUGACACACCAUGAUUAAACAGACUGCGGUGCUGCCCUCCAGGGUCCUCUUCUCCCUCCUUCCAGGCACACAGUGUAUGGUCCAGCCUGGUCCUUCUGUAUUUUCAAGGGGCCACAGCUGUGGCUCUGGCCAGUGGUUUGUGAGAGACAUAGAGGAGUGUCAUGGUCAGACCUGCAUUUAGUUCCCAGUGCAAGAUCCUGAAGAGUCACUGAUCCUUUGCCAGAAUCAUCAAGAAAGUGUGGUCAGCCAGACAGGUGUUUGACGUCCCGAAGAUGCUAUUUGGGAUGUUCCCAUGGCAUUCAGAGUGCCUAGAUUCAUGUCCUGGCGCUGCUCCUGAUUCCAGCUUCCUGCUAAUGUGCACCUUGGGAGGCAGCAGAAGAUGGCUCUAGUGGUCAAACCUCUGCCACCCACAUGAAAGACCUGGACUGAAUUACCGGCUCCUGGGCACCAGCUUCAGCCCAUCCCCAACCUUGGCUGUGUUGGGCAUUUGGGGAGUGAGCCAGCAGACGGGGGAUCUCUUGUCUUUCAGUCUCUUUCUGCCUUUCAAAUCAAAUAGAUAAAUAAAUAAAUUUUAAUGUGUUCAAAGGUAGCUGCUUAUAAGCAUAAAUCCUGCAGGGAAGGUAUCAUAGAAAAGAGACCCACUGACUCAUUGACCCAUGAUGGAUACAAAGCACUGCUGAAGCUUUUUCCACUGUGUUUCAAAACUGUGCAGUUGCUGUUUGUCCUGUUGAUUUAGGUCCUUAUAUAUGAAAACAUUCAGCUUUUGUGAUAUGAAUUACAGCUUUUUUUCUAUUUAUCUUUUGACUGCAUAAAC